UUGCCCUCCAAAACUGAACCUUGACUUAAACUGUUAUAUUGUUUGCGUUCUGGCCAUGUUCCUCCAACAAUAUGGUUGUAUGCUGGCAUUAUACUAACUGUCCUAAGGACUAUGAAUUCCUGCCAUGAUGAAUUACAACCACAAUGAGGGUAAGUGUGCAUUUUUGUUCUGCAUUCAUGUUGUUUAAAGGUACUAACACUUGAAUGCAUGCUUUUUCACUGAGUCAUAUUGCUCCUCCUGCUUAGACUAGUGAGUAGUUUUUAGGAUAGUACGUUUGGUUGGCAUGUCCGCAGGAAAUAAUUCAAUUAAAUUUUAAUUAAUUCAUUAACAGUUAAGAUGGUCUCAAGGCACUUUACAGAACCACUCCCUCUUAACAUUAGAUGAAUUCAUAUACAUAACAGGAUAAAAUAUAUUGACAUGCAAGCAGCAUAUGUGCUUGAUGCAUACAUGAUUCCAAAGAACACGGCUUACAGUGUGCUCAUGGUUACUAUUAGAGGGAUAGGUAGAGAAAAAUAAUAUGGCAAUGUCAAUAAUGGCAUACAUUUAUAUUAUAAGUAUAUAGGUUUGUUACACAGUAUGUAAUUGUACCAUAAACAUUUGUAAAAUUAUGAUAAGCAGGAGAAAGAAACAUAUGGCUGUUUGAGUUCCUACUAACACCAACACUAUACUACUAACAUAUAUUGUGAAUUUUGAAAUGACUGAUGAUUUUGUCUGUUAUAGUUCCAUCUGCGGCACUGUCCAAACCAACUCCUGAUACAACUGCUGAAUUGCAGGCAUCACCAGUUGAUGCUCCAGCCUCUCCAAGCCUAAAGAGGAAGACACCUGUGCCCCUUCCAGCAGAACUGACGUUCCUAGUGAAGGAGACAACAGCAGAAAAGCUUAAGGCAAUGCCAGAACUCUGCACAAGUGCUGCUGUCACCUCUGCACGCAAAGUGCUUGCCUUUGAGGAGAGUAGUGAAAAUGUUCCCUCAGCUCAGCCACCUGUUCCUGUUCUCCUGCCUGUGCAUGACCAUGACAUGAGCAGCUGGAGCUGUUCUCAACACCAGAAGCUGUGGAUGAGGAUGGAGCUUCAGGAUCUCGGGCUGUGGCCUGGGUCUCGUUCAGUGCGUAACCCAGGGAACACAAUUUCACUGUGGCGUCUUCCUCCACAACCUGAGCUUGUCGAUAUGGCGUCCGAACUCCCAUCCCCUAACUUCUUCCAGCUACACCCAUUUUUCAUCUGGAAACCGGAGAGUCACAUCAUGGUCAGGUUGAGAAACACUUACAUCCUGCCUUGUCUGCAUGGAUGUCCUCAUCCACAGGUGGUCUCUGCAGGAGUGGGCAGGCCUAGGGUGAUUGUUGGCACCAGUGGUCAGUAUUACAUCUUGUCCUCACGACUCUGCUGCAAGGCCUGUCAGAAGAACUGGUUUGCUGACAAUCCACGAUGGCUUGAGAAGCUGCCCAAGCGGUUUACCAACAUUCUGCCUGCAUUCCUGACCUACAAGAAGGCCAUCUGCAAAUCUGUGAUGGAUGAGCUGAGGCGCACUGGCAAGUCACCAACCGAUAUGGCAAACCAGGUGAAUGAGCUCAUGCACCUCAAGUAUGAGCGAGCUCACCUGGCAUACCUGCAUGCCAUAGAAAGCGUCAGGGAUGCUGAGGCUGGCAUAUAUGGACAGAGGACCAUUGGGCAGUUCCUGAGGAAGGAAAACACUCCACGUGCUUUCGGGUCAUAUGAUGAUCAAGAUGGCUGGUAUGGAGGUUCUGUGUCCAGCUUCUACCUGACUGACUGCCUACUAGAUGAGUACAAACGUCAAGAGCCAGCCAUGUCCAAACUCCUUCAGGGCACUUUUGGGCGGGUCUUCAGGUCUGACCACACCAGGAAAGUUGCAAGAAAAGUAACGCUGGCAUCUGGGGUCAUGUCCAGUUAUGCAAUCAUGAAUGAGAACUGGCUGAUUGUUUCCUGGGUGAUGGUUCAGUCUGAGACCGAGAGGUCCUUGGAGCCAAUGUACCAGGGACUGGCCAAGAGGUACGGCGAUGCUGGAGUGGAAAAGGCAGGCUUCCACUGGAUGGACAGGGAUUGCUGUGCUCCAUUUAAGAUCCCAGACUGCAUCCCUGGUGAACAUCUAAACUGGGAUGCCUGGAAGACUACCCCUUCCAUUGUUGCUGGGGCCACCUCUGGACCGCUGGAGAACACCUGUGCCUCACGGUCACAUUUCAGUAAUAACAUUGUGGUGAAGCUGGACUUGUUCCACUGCCUGAGGCGUUUUUCACGGGAGUGCACCUCUGAGCAUCACCCUCUUUUUAGCACUUUCUGCCAGCUCCUCUCCGCAGCCUUCUCUGUGGUGGAUCAGGAGGACCUAGGGAGGCUCCAGGAUGCCUAUCGGUUCUGUGGUAUCCAUCCAGCCAAUCCCACCAAACAGCACAUACGGGAGCACUGCAGGACCAAAGUACCACAACCCACAGAGCUGCUAGACAGAGUGGAGAAAGUCCUAAAGCAUUUUCACCUGGCCAUGGACCCCAACAAUGUCCCACUCUUCAAGUCAUCCAUGCUGAAGACGUGGCGCAUACAGAGAGUGCACAUUCUCCGUGGUUGCCUCAGUGACCCUGAACUCUCAGAGGGCAUAAUGUACCGGUAUGGUGGAACUCUUCAGCUAAAUCACAUACCUGGUGAAGGUGCCAAAGUCCCCAUCUGGAUUCCUGUCAGAGGUACGUCACAGCAGGAAGGGUACCACUUUCACCAGGCCCAGUGGAUCACAGGGACUCAUGUCUCCACUGAAUUGUUCCAGGCCCAGGGCAUGACAGGGGUGGCACGGUGGAACCACCAACGGCUGCUGGACCUUAAGCAGCCAGGUGUCAUCCUUCCUGCUGUGUUUGAUCCAGCUCUAAUGGUUGAGUUAAAUUCUACCUCUAAGAGAGUGACUGGGGAGGAGAAGUAUCCUACACUUCAUCUCUCUGACAGAGACACCGGAGAGAGGUUUGGCCUAGAGUACACAGAGCCAGGCUGCCGUCCAGUCCCUCUGGAUUGGGACAAACACCGAACCCAAAAGAGAGGUGAACCAGCUGCUCAUGUGCCUCUGCCUCCUGUGCAGACACCCACUCCUGCCCAAGCCCAAGCCCAACCCCAAGCCCAACCCCAACCUCCAGACACAGCACCUUCCUCCAGCCGGACACAGCUCUCCGACACAGCAUCCCCUGGACCAGCAUCAUCCAUUGGCCAUUUGCACUCUGCUGGUGAACCUCCUGCAGUGAUAGAAAUAUCACAUGCUAAACCUGCUGCAAUCCAUACGGUACAGAUGUUGUCACAACGAAGCAUGGGACUUCCAGUUAAAAGGGAAACCUCAAAUAUUCCACCCCUGCCUUUGCAAUCCUCACCAAGGAGUGCCCGCACUGGACCAAUCAAGACUGGUGGACGAGUGUUCGUCUUGGACCACAAACGCUGGACAUCACCAAUGAAGGAGGCUAUCGACAGCCUCCUAGACAAUUAUCAUGGACAGAAAGACAUGUUGAAGCUCGUGGAUCAAGACUAUGCAGCUAUGGUCCAUCGGUCUGCCACAGAUCCAAACAGUCUGCUUCACCCCACAACCAAAUACCAUAUAGCACAGUACAUGAAACACCUGGCUAAACAGGUGAACACAAGUUCAUCACUGAACACCAGUCCAGAAAAACUUUUGGAGACACAAAAACUGUGGCAAAGUUUAACAGAGGAAAGUGAGACUGUCCAUGUUUCAGUUGUAGAACUGCCACCAGCCAUUGUGAAUCCAGCAGAUCUGGUCUCACAGCCAGCAUCUGAAAAGCCAGUUUCACACAAGAUAAUACACAAAAAAUAA